AUGUAGGGACUCCGAAGUCUGGCGGCGACAACACUGGCUCUUUUCUUGGUGCUCUCUUCCAUGGGAAACUCCAACAGCGCUCCGCAGAGACUCCUUGAGAGAAGGAACUGGACCCCUCAAGCUAUGCUCUACCUGAAGGGUGCACAGGGGCGCCGCUUUAUCUACGACCAGGGCAGGAGGAAGGACCUCUCCGACCGGCCGCCGCUGGAAAGACAUAGCCCAGAGAGCCAACCAAUAACUCUUCCAGAGGCAGCAGCCCUGUUACUGGCUUCCUUUCAGAAACCACAAGAAGCUGAAGAAGAAAACUUUGAUCAAACUCGAUUCUUAGAAGACAGUCUGCCUAACUGGUGAAAAUAUUCCAAAUUACCUUCAUUUACUGUUGUAUUCUUGUUGAGAACAUGAACCGUGUGAAUAAAACUCUCAGACCCUUUUUGUUCCAUUUGUAACAUUAGGAACAUGCGUAGCUAGUUUCAUUCUUUCAGAAGCAAAAGUAAUGUGGAGUUCUUAACUGAGAACGUCAUCACCUUCUUUCACUGAUUCAGGUCCUGCUUCGAUCACCUUGUGUCUCACUACUGACUUUUUUUUAGAGAAUUUAAGAUUAUAAGCUAAAGACUCUUUUGAGUGUCUUUUCCUUUUGUUACAACCAAUACCCUUCUUGAUCUCAUAAUUCUUAGCUGGUUUUAUAUACAUAUAUAUACUGUUAACUACUUGCAUUUUCUUGCCCAUUUAGCAGUGACUCCCUCUCUCCAUUUUCCCACCCCGAAGGAGGCAGGACUGGAAAGAAGGUUGUGUGUUUCUCACUGUAGUUCAUCCACGAGAAGUCAGUCGUUAAGAAGGUGUGGGAAGGGAAGGACUGGGAAGAAGCCUAGUGAUAAGAACACUUCAUGUGGUUGCUGAGAGAGGGGAUAAUUGGUGAGCCAAGAGUCAAUGAAAGAUUUGCUGAAGCUCCACAGCUGGAGGUCCCCCAUCACUCUUCAGGGAUCUCCCUAAAUUCAGUUUAGAAACAUGGAUCUAAAAGUGACAAUCUGCUCAUUUAUAUACUGUACAAAGGGAACAUACUAGUUCUUUAGAGGUAACCGGUUUUCCAUGGCUAAACAGACUGAAAGACUCUGCUUACUCUAAUUGCCUAGAGCUCUAGGUUUUGAAACUGUUUAAUCCCAUAA